AAUCAAGGCACGCUGCUUCGUAGCGGACGUUGCAGAUGCUGUGACAUAGUCCAAAGUUGCAAAAAAUGUGCCAUUACCCCAGGAGAAUUACUCAAUUGGGAAACGCAGAGCAUCAUCGCCGCCUCUACUUUGAAGACUUGGCAGAACCCUCUUGAAGAGGAGUCUUGAGGCUCAGCGAGGCUUUCCUGUGUAAAUAAAUAUUCUUGACAUGUAGGCUUUCGUGAGCAUUAUUAUCCGUAAUAAAGCAAUUUUUUGGGGUUAGAUUUCGUAAAUAUUAAUGUUGUAACUAACUGGCACGUAUUGUCUACGUGCCUAAUUGGCCGUGUUGGGUGGUGGCAGGGUUCAACGACACAUUUAUACUUACGCGAUUUAACCCUCCCAAAAAAUACACCUUUACUGUGAAUAACAUUGUUGAGUUUUUAAUUCCAUCGUUGAAUUGAUUCUGCUGUAAGCUUUGCUUAAACCGAACGAAAACCAGAGAUGCCUCUCGUUUCCUUCAAUCCCGACCAUCGGGCAGAACCUGGACGCGCUGCACGACCACCUGGCGACGGUGUACCCGGGCAUGCGGGCGCCGUCGUUCCGCUGCUCGGACGUGCCGGGCGAGCGCGCUCUGCUGCUGCACUAUUACUCGGAGCGCCAGGGGCUGGAGGACAUCGUCAUCGGCAUCGUGCGCACCGUCGCGAGCCGCCUGCUCGGGACCAGCGUCGACAUGGAGGUGGUCACCCAGAAGGGCGAAGACUCAGACCACGUGCAGUUCAUGAUCCGGGAAAGUGGCAGCAGCAGCGGCGGAGGUGCCAGCGGUGGCGGCAGCGGUGGAAUUGGAGGGGCGGUGUCGAUCGAGGAGGCCGAGGAGGGACCUCAGGCCCGUGGCCCCAGGCGCCAGCCACGCUUGGGGCCCAGCACCUUCUGCGACGCCUUCCCCUUCCACCUGAUGUUCGAUCCGGAGCUCGUGCUCACGCAGUGUGGACACGCGAUCGCACGUGCGCUGCCGCAGUGCAGUUGCAGCCCGGCAGCUGUAAUCUGUUGUCCGUGUUCUCGCUCGUUCGACCGCACAUGGAGUUCACCUUCAACGGGAUCCUCUCCCACAUCAACACCGUCUUCGUGCUGCGCACCAAGGAAGGGGUUCUGUCCGUGGGCCCUGAUGACAGUGAGCUGUCCGAGGAUGAAGUGGGGAGCCUGAGACUCAAGGGGCAGAUGGUGCACCUGCCCGAGGCUCAGAACCUGCUCUUCCUUUGCUCACCUAGCGUGAUGAACCUGAGCGCGCUGCUCCGCCGCGGGCUGUGCCUGAGCGACCUGCCGCUGCACGAUGCGAGCCGCGAGCUGGUGCUGCUGGGCGAGCACUUCCGCGAGGAGUACCGGCUGACGGCCGCCCUGGAGGAGCUCACCGACCGGCUGCAGCACGCUCUGCGCGCCCUCGACGACGAGAAGAAAAAGACCGACCGGCUCCUCUACUCCGUGCUGCCUCCAUCCGUGGCAAACGAGCUGCGUCACAAGCGGCCCGUGCCGGCGCGCAGGUACACACAGGUGACCGUGCUGUUCAGCGGCAUCGUGCGCUUCCAGGAGGUGUGCUCACAUCACGCCACCGCCACGGGGGCCAUGGUGAUCGUGAGGCUCCUCAACGACCUCUACACGCGCUUCGACUGCCUCACCGACCCUCGUCGCAACCCUCACGUCUACAAGGUGGAGACGGUGGGAGACAAGUACAUGACGGUGAGCGGACUGCCGGAGCCGUGCCCGCACCACGCUCGCUCCGUGUGCCGCCUGGCGCUCGACAUGAUCGACAGCGCGGGCCGCGUGACGGUGGACGGGAAGGCCGUGCAGAUAACGAUUGGCGUUCACUCCGGCGAGGUGGUGGCCGGGGUGAUCGGACAGAGGAUGCCCCGGUACUGCCUCUUCGGCAACACGGUGAACCUGACGAGCAGGACCGAGACGACGGGACGGCCGGGGAAAAUCAACGUGUCCGAGGACACUUACCGCUGCCUCAUGACCCCAGAAAACAGCGACCCCGACUUCCUGCUCCAGCACCGGGGCCCCGUGCCCAUGAAGGGGCGCAAGGAACCCAUGGGCGUCUGGUUUUUGUCCCGAGUACCCCCCAGCGAAGCCUAGACGCGUUCACCCCUGCACAGAGAAUACAUCGAGCAAGUCCACUCGGCACCCUAGCCCAUCGUCUUUGCAGUAUUUCUAUCUCUUUUUCCACUUGCGUAUCCGAGCCGUGCUGGCGCCGGGUCAGGGAGCGUGGGCUGCUAUUCCACCGCGCAAGCCGAGCCGUGCCGCUUACGUCACCCCCAAUUCGCGACGUCGAGACGCAUGUAGCCAACGCGGAGUUGUACACUGACAGGCGUCGUGCCUGCACAUGUCACUAGCCCCACCCCUAGCGCGGCUUGGGCCUGAGCCAGACUCACACGUGGUCCUGUGAGGCCGGUGUAGCGUGGGUCGGUAAUGCGCAGUGGAAAACCACCCAUACCGUGCUGACCCCCUGCUGGCACGGCUCACACGUGCAAGUGGAAAGGGGCUAUUAGAGUGUCCCCUUUGCUAUCCUCGUGCGUUUUGUAGAGGCCAAUGACUGAGGGUGGGUUCGUGGAUCGCGUCGAGACGAGAGUUGUGAGACUGUUUUGUCUUGAGAGUCGUGAUGGUGAUGAUGACAGUGACGACGACGAUGGUCUGUGUGAGACUCCCCCCUCUUCGAGUUCAUGGGGAUUUGUUGGACGAUGCUUCACGAUGCAGGUCAGCGCAGGUUGGUGAAGUGGUGGCGGGGUGAGUGGGUGGGCCCAUAACUGGUUCAGAUUCCACUCAUCUCUAAUGGGAGACACGGCCUGGAAGCAAACAGUUCGCUGGGUUCAUAGAACACUGCACCACUGCUCCUCCCAUCUAUUCUAUAUUCUUAAAAACUGUCUAUUUUGCCAGUAUUGUAAUCGCAUACGAUAUUUGUGCUCAACUCAGUGCUGUACUGUAUUAUAUAAGUGUUCUUUCUUGUCAAUAGAGAUUAUUAUAAUUAUCAUUGUUUUUAUAUAAAAAAAAAUUGCCCAGGGGGCGCUGCCACAGUGACGUCAUGGGGAGCGUCAACGGACUUGCAACGGGGAGGUCGCCGGUUCGAUCCUAUCUCCCGGCGCGGCAGUUUGAAACGAUACCACGCGAUGUUUAAUUUCCCCCCCCUCCCCUCCGUCCCUCUCCCAUCACCUCCAUCCUCCCCGGAAAGCCGACUCGACUAAACGCGUCGUCCACAUUCAAGUUCAGCCGCCACCGUGCCUGCCACUCUAGCAUGGUGUGUGUACGCCAAGGCCGUAAUUAUAAUAUAUAUUGGGGAGGACACAUCCCCCCCAAUAUUCAAAUAUGCUCAAAAUGUCCCCCCCCCCCCCCAAUAUAUUGCUAUAAAAAAAUUGCUAUGCUAUGUAAAUAAAAACAACAAUUUGCUAAACCUUGACCACAAUAUCUGGACUUGUCUUCAUAUAACAAUGCAUAGAUUUAUGUUUCUAUGAUUGUGGUUAUGGUUGUAUUUUAUUAAUCCCUAAUCUCUGCCAUUACAUACAAUGAAACAAGAAAUGUAAAAACAGAGCACUAUUAGGCAUUAUUGUAAUAAAUAAAUAAAAAGUCCAUCCUAUGUGUUAGUGAAUUUUUUAAUAUUUUAGGUAGGAAAUUAGUUUUCAAAUUUAGAUUUUUUUUCUGGGUUGGGACCCCCAGACACCCUGGAAGAUUUGGUCCCCCCCCAAUGUUGACUCCGUGGCUACGGCCUUGGUGUACGCACGUUGAACUUGAGAUUCGACGCGAAAAUUCCACUGUGUGCCGGAGAGAGGCUGCAGAUGGAAAAUCGGCGCCGGAUACCUUCUUGAAAAUCUUUCAAGCAUCAACGAAUGUUGAACUUCUUUGGCACCGUACGUGGCCCAACCGUGAUAAUCGAGAGGUGCCAACAGUGGAGGCGAGGGUUGGUCGAUCGAUCGCACAACCGUCGUGAAACUCCUUUCCCGAGGUAUCAUACCCCUGGCUCGCCAGCAGAAGGCAGUGCAGAAAGUUGUCCAUAAUAUAACUGUUUUUUUAGAUUGGAUCGCGUAAAUGUCAGUGUCGAUAAACCAGCCACCACCCGACACAGCCAAUUAGGAAGGUUUGUCAUGUAAACAAAACGUGCCAAUUCGCUACUAGUACAGCACACACCGGCUGUGUGUUGGAGAGUAAACCCACAACAAGUAACUAAUUGGCAUCUUUGUUCACGUGACAAACCUUACUAAUUGACUGUGUCGUGUGGUGGCAAGUUGACCUAUCAGCAUCUGUCCCCAUCUUUACGGGGGGAUAGAGUGUUGCCCCCUCGCGUGCGUGGGUUUUCUCCGGGCACUCCGGUUUUUUCUCCCACACAGAAAUACACAUGACUCAUCGUUCAUUGACUGAAAAUGUAAAAAAAUAAUGUAGGACCCUCCUGAAAAUGUGUACAAUGAGUCAUUGUGUCUUUCCGGGAUGGAUGAGUAAAUAAUGACAGGGACUCCUCUACUUACGAACAUUCGACUUAAGUACUCUCAGAGAUACGAACAAACUUGCCCGUAUGUACAAUUGUCUGUCCGGACCGAGAGUCGUAGAUGGCAGCGGUGGCAUCUACGUCUACAGAACGUGAAGAACCAGUGGCAUCUACAUCUGCAGAACGUGAAGAACUAGUGGCAUCUACAUCCACAGACCGUGAAGAACCAGUGGCAUCUACAUCUACAGAACAUGAAGAACCAGUGGCAUCUACAUCUGCAGAACGUGAAGAACCAGUGGCACCUAUAUCUGCAGAACGUGAAGAACCAGUGGCAUCUACAUUGGCAGAACGUGAAGAACCAGUGGCACCUAUAUCUGCAGAACGUGAAGAACCAGUGGCAUCUACAUUGGCAGAACGUGAAGAACCAGUGGCAUCUACAUAUGCAGGAGAUAAUAGAACUUUUAAAGCCAUUCCCCAUGUUUAGUGCACAUGCCGUACAACACGUUUGAAAUCGACAGGAGUAAAGUUGGACUUACGAACAAAUCGACUUACGAACAGACAUCUGGAACCUAAAUAGUUCGUAAGUGGAGGAGUCCCUGCACUUGACUUUUUUAUCGCGCAGGUCAUGCAGUAGCCAUGUUGUUAUAUUAAUGCUUUGUACGAUUUACUUAUGGGGUGUUUCAUUUGAAGUUGAUCCACGUAGUGAUGUUCGUAACGAUUGUCCAGUUUGCAUUUCAUUUCUUCACCGCACGUGCGAUGAUUCACGGAUUGAAAUAGAUUUAUGACACGAUUCGAAUCGUGCAUUUAAAUAUCAAUGAAUUAUUCUUAUUUAAAUAUCUUGUAUGCGAACAUUGUAUAUGUUUAGGCUAAAGCAGGAAUCGUGAAAUGAUUUUUCCUUAUUGAGUACCUGGUGCGGUGUGUAAAGUCAUCGCCACUGGGGAGACAAAGGCGGUCGGGCGUGGUGCUGGAAACCCAUACCCUCGUGUGCCACAGUGCCGGCCUGCAAAGAUGCUCCUCGCGAACAGCAAUUACCCCCCAACAGCCCGUUUACAGGCUCCACGGGGGAAAUUUGUCUUUGCUUGUAGUCGCAAUUUAGUCAACGCGGAGUCAAUUUCGAAUCUGGCAGAGUUGGACCGUGACGGAGGCGACCGAGCAUGCCAAAUCGGAGACGAUAUUUUCACCUCGAAAACGUUCCCUCCUGGUGCCGGAUGAAGCGAGUGCGGGACCUCUUGCAUUUGUUAUAAAAGGGCCCUAAAUAUCAUUUCAAACAUAAUUAUUAAAACACUCAUUUUUAACUUGUAUAGUAAACUAAUUGUAUUUUUCAUUUCCUGUACAGCCAGAUAAUACGACAAAUCGCGAACCUAAAACACCCAGUCGUUCAUAAAAGUUGAAGGCGGUAUAGUACUAUAGUAAUAGAGCAAGUUCAGAAUCACUGAACCGAAAUUGAUAGCUUGAAAGCAUUUAGCGCGGGGCCCUUAAAAGUGCGGGGCCCGUAGCUACUACUUAUGUAGCUACUUUUGUAGCUAUUUUUGGUCCUCGGAUAAUCCGGCACCAUUCCCUCCCCUCUCAUGCCCGAUUAGUGUGGGGCUAAAGAUACUUUUCCCAGGGAGACUGUCCCCUUCUCUUUUCGUCCUCGCCUGGGUUACACGAAAUGAAACUUGGAAUUAAUAUUGUCCGCAAGAAAAAUGUUGGGGCGGCAAGGGUUCGUGUGGGCCUUGGGAUGUGUUAUGAAGUGAAGUCGCAAGCCCAUCGGUUCAUUUGCACCGUACAAAGCCAACCGUGCUAAUCGGAGGUGCGCCGUAGAGGAAUCCAAUGAUACAAAUGAGAUUAAAACAGAAUGGAUUAAUUGGAAUGUGACUCUACGGAUCGUGACACAUAAAAUUACUGGGCAGGACAGCGGGGGGGGGGGGGGUGAAUUGUCAGAUGAUGUAGCAGCAGCCAAUGAUUUUACAAGGCCUUAUUCCCCCACGAUGACAGCACAACCGUGAUUUAUUUAGUCGGACCAAAAUAACUCUAUAUUGUACAUGAA